GAGCCGUGCAGCCGCUGCGCUGGAGCCGGAUCCCUGCUCUAGGGCCCCCCAGUGCCGUUCACAAGACUGAGUCAGUCCCAGGUCCGGCCCCUGCCUCCAGCUGACGCCUGUCGCGUGACCUUGGAUCCUAAAUCGGUUGAAGAACUAAUUCCCUCCUGCUUCGCCACAGCGCCGGGCGAUGGUGGGGCUGCGGCUAUUCUCAGGAAAGGCGGUCCCGAAACAGAGCCGUGCAGAACAGGAGCAGUCUCUCCCCGGGAGGCUGGCAGCGGCGGAGAAGAAGUGGGUGACGGUCGGAGACACAUCCCUUCGGAUAUUCAAGUGGGUUCCUGUAGCAGACAGUAAGGAGAAAGAGAAGUCCAAAACAAGUAGCAGCACUGCCCGAGAACCCAAUGGCUUCCCAGUGGACUCAUCUGCCAACUCCUCCCUCCUCCUGGAGUUCCAGGAUGAGACCAGUAACCAGAGCUCCUUAUCGGACGUUUACCAGCUCAAGGUCGACAGCAGCCCAAACUCGAGCCUCAGCCCCCAACAGAGCGAGUCAAUGAGUCCUGCACAUACGUCCGACUUCCGCACGGACGAUUCGCAGCCACCUACACUGGGGCAGGAGAUCCUGGAAGAGCCCUGCUUGCCUCCCUCGCAAGUUGCAGAUGAGCCUCCCACUCUCACGAAGGAGGAGCCUGUCCCUCUUGAGACUCAGGAAACUGAAGAGGAGGAUUCUGGGGCGCCGCCUCUGAAGAGAUUUUGUGCUGAUCAGAACUCUGUGUGCCACACAGCCUCGGAGAGCUAGGGAUGGGCCCAUCCCGCCAGCUCCUCCCCACCCCACCCCGCUGCAGAGCCCUCUCCUGGGACAGGCCCCUCCUGUCAGUCCUGCCUGCAGAGCCAGCCUGCCCUUCCCAGAGAUAGGCCCCUCCUGCCAGCCCCCCGCAGAGCCGGUCUGCCCUCCCCAGGGAUGGGCCCCUUCCGCCAGCCCCCCACAGAGCCAGUCUGCCUUCCCCACGGAUGGGCCCCUUCGCCCAGCUCCUCCCCACCCCAUCCCGCUGCAGAGCCCUCUCCUGGGACAGGCCCCUCCUGUCAGUCCUGCCUGCAGAGCCGGCCUGCCCUUCCCAGAGAUAGGCCCCUCGUGCCAGCCCCCCGCAGAGCCGGUCUGCCCUCCCCAGGGAUGGGCUCCUUCCGCCAGCCCCCCACAGAGCCAGUCUGCCUUCCCCAGGGAUGGGCCCCUUCGCCCUGCUCCUCCCCACCCCACCCCGCUGCAGAGCCCUCUCCUGGGACAGGCCCCUCCUGUCAGUCCUGCCUGCAGAGCCGGCCUGCCCUUCCCAGAGAUAGGCCCCUCCUGCCAGCCCCCCGCAGAGCCGGUCUGCCCUCCCCAGGGAUGGGCUCCUUCCGCCAGCCCCCCACAGAGCCAGUCUGCCUUCCCCAGGGAUGGGUCCCUCCCGCCAGCCCCUUGCAGAGCUGGUGUGCCCUCCCCAGGGAUGGGCCCCUCCUGCCAGCCCCCCCGCAGAGCCGGUCUGCCCUCCCAAGGGAUGGGCCCCUUCCGCCAGCCCCCCACAGAGCCAGUCUGCCUUCCCCAGGGAUGGGCCCCUUUCGCCAGCUCCUCCCCACCUACCCCGCUGCAGAGCCCUCUCCUGGGACAGGCCCCUCCUGUCAGUCCUGCCUGCAGAGCCAGCCUGCCCUUCCCAGAGAUAGGCCCCUCCUGCCAGCCCCCCGCAGAGCCGGUCUGCCCUCCCCAGGGACGGGCUCCUUCCGCCAGCCCCCCGCAGAGCCGGUCUGCCCUCCCCAGGGAUGGGCCCCUCCCGCCAGCCCCUUGCAGAGCCGGUGUGCCCUCCCCAGGGAUGGGUGCCUCCUUCCAGCCCCCCGCAUGGCUGGCCUGCCCUCCCCAGGAACAGGCCCCUCCUGCCAGCCCUGUGCAGAGCUGGCCUGCCCUCCCCAGGAAUGGGCCCCUUCCACCAGCCCCCCGUCCUGCCACAGUGCCCGCCAACCCCAUCCAGGGAUGGGUCCCUCCUGGCAGCCCCCCACAGAGCCAGCCUGCCGUCCCCAGGGACAGCCCUCCCCGCCCUCCUCACCCCCCUGAGCCUGCCUACCCUUCCCGGGGACAGGCCCCUUCCACCAGCCCUGUGCAGAGCCUGUCUGCCCUCCCCAGGGAUGGGCCCCUCCCACUAGCUUCCCGCAGAGCCGGCCUGCCCUCCCCAGGAAUGGGCCUCUCCCGGCAGCCCCCCGCAGAACCAGCCUGCCCUCCCCAGGGGCAGCCGUUCCUUCCCCCCCAGAGCCAGCCUGCCCUCCUCAGGGACGGUCCCCUCCCAGCAGCCCCCCACAGAGCCAGCCUGAUCUCCCCAGGAACGGGCUCUUCUCUCCAGCCCCCCACAGAGCCCACCUGCCCUCUCCAGGGAUGGGCCUCUCCCACCAGCUCCCCGCAGAGCCAGCCUGCCCUCCCCAUGGAUGGGCUCCUCCCUCCAGCUCCCCGCACAGCCGGUCUGCCCUCCCCAGGGAUGGGUGCCUCCUUCCAGCUCCCCCGCAGAGCUGGUCUGCCCUCCCCAGGGAUGGGUGCCUCCUUCCAGCCCCCCCACAGAGCUGGUCUGCCCUCCCCAGGGACGAGCCCCUCCCGCCAGCCCCCCGCAGAGCCGGCCUGCCCUCCCCAGGGACGAGCCCCUUCCGCCAGCCCCCCCCAGAGACAUUCUGCCCUCCCCAUGGAUGGGCUCCUCCCUCCAGCUCCCCACAGAGCCGGUCUGCCCUCCCCAGGGAUGGGUGCCUCCUUCCAGCCCCCCCGCAGAGCUGUCUGCCCUCCCCAGGGACGGGCCCCUCCCGCCAGCCCCCCGCAGAGCCGGUCUGCCCUCCCCAGGGGCGGGCCCCUCCCGCCAGCCCCCCGCAGAGCCGGUUUGCCCUCUCUAAGGAUGGGCCCCUCCCACCAUCCCCCUGCAGAGCCAGCCUGCCCUCCUGAGGGAUGGGCUCCUCCUGCCAGCCCCCCACAGAGGAACUAGUCUGUCCUUCCCUCAGAGACAGGCCAGGGCACCUCGCACCAUCAGUACGUGCAGACUUUUUCCCACUGAUCUGUGCUGGUGCAGCAGGGGCAGAGCUGGUCACGCAGCCUGCUCAUGUGAGGGGCUGAGUCCUCUGGGUCUCCUGCUCUGCCCGGGCCCCACCCACCAGCCCCUCUCCCCAGGGAUGGGCCCCUCCCGCCAGCCCCCCUGCUGCAGUGCCCGCCUCCCCUCCCCAGGGAUGGGCCCCUCCCACCAGCUCCCUGCAGAGCCCACCUGCCCUCCCCAGGGACGGGCUGGGCGAGAACUGCAGCCCGGCAGAUUUUGUUCCCCUGCAGGACAAUGGCGUCUAGGGCCCCAUGUCCCCAGUUGCCGGGAAUGGAAGAGCCGUUCCCACUCCACUAAGUAGUUUCUCUUCCCCCUUGUAACCAUGUCCUGGAGCUUCCCCCAGUAAACGAGCCUCACUGAUGGGCCGGGAGGGUUUAGGUGAGCAUUCAGGACAUGGGACCUCCCAGAGCUGGAGCUCUGACAUAGGCCUUUGCCCUGCGGGGCAGGAAUCCCGAGCUGGGACACUGUGCAAUAGCUGUUGGUUUAAGCCAUUUGUGCUGGAGGAGACAGGAGCCCCUGCAGAUGAGUGUGUCAGGGCACAGCCACUCCGCCAGGCAUGUGCUAUGGGGCCUCUGGAUGUCUUGCCACUUCACCCCAGCCCCUGCAGGGUGGCAGCAUUCAAGGGUGCAGGCUGUAAACACAGAGCCCUUAGUAUUGGAUCCAGAGAGGUUGCCACCAGGUCCCUGGCUGGCUCUGCACCCGACAUGGACCCACGGUUCCUAAUGUGAGCGCCCAUGGGAGAGGCUGAGGCAGCAUAGAGUUUCUUUAGCUUGAGGGUGGGGAGGUCCUGCUGUGAGGCCCACUCCAAGUCUACCUCAGGGACAGGGAAGGACACAGCAGGGGCUAGGGUCUCUCGCAGAAAACCCAGGGGCCUUAGUUCUCACUCUCCCAGCACUGUCAGGGUGGCGUCAUUUCCCAGUGCACCCUUACACUGCCUGCCCUUGGUGCCGGGUCUGCACACCCUGGCACAUUGCUCACCCAGCUCCCAGUCAGAGCUGCUCCCCAGGCUUGUUUACCAUCGAGCUCCUGUCCCACCUCUCCAACGCCAUGGACCUGUUUCCUCUUCGUUGCGAUCUGCAUGUCAAAUAGAGUCUGUGAUUGAGCCUCUGUUGAAACCGAAGGCGCCGGCUGUGCGUGGAAGUGGAGAGAUAUUUUAGCACUGAAUAGAAUAUUUUUAAAAUUAAACUAUUUGAAAUACA